AAACUUUAUAAGCCCCAGUUCCGGCUAUAUGACAUUUGGGUGCCAAAUGAAUAGGGUUUUGUCUAUGAAUUAGAUCGUAAAAUCAUCCAUAGCACAGACAGAUAGGCUCACUGGCUAUAAAAAGUCACGUGGUGCCAUUAAAGCUACGUGUGCCUCCUGGCCAUUCAAAUUGUCAGGUUUAGGGACAGAAGUAUCCAAACCACAAGUUCUCAGUACUAUGUGAAAAAUGGCUCCUUGCAAGUCAAAGGUAAGUUUUGUGCACAAGUUCCUUAAAGUUUAUUUGUACAGUGGGGAAGCCGAGGCUCCUGCUCGCUCUCGCUGCCUCUCGCCUCUCUCUUUCUUUCUCUUUCUCUUUCCCUUCCUCUCCGCCUGGAGGUUUUCAGGACGGUCCCACCGAGCCCGAGAGGCAGGAUCAAGCACUAAUGAUCCAGGUUGUGCUGCAAAUACCUCCCCCCAUCCCUUCACUCGCAGCAGCUAGCUCUCUAUUUUAACGAUCAAAUCAAAGUAAACCACAAUAAGCGACUUUGGCAGAGAUGGAUUUUGGGGCCUAGCUUUAAUCACUUUGACUACCGCAGAAGAUAAUUACUUCCUUUGCUCCAAUAGACUCUCCAAGUUUGGAGAGGUUUUGUUUAGCAAAGAGUAGUUACUGCAGGCGAUUAAAAAAGGGGGAAACAAAAUAGAUUGGGCUUGAUAUUAUCUGGGCAGUAUCUUAUGUAGGCAUGAUAGAGUUGGAGGCGUGAUGAUAUGGUAAUAAUCUUUGGAUUGGUGAAAUAUGUUGCACAUCAGAGCCAGUAUUAAAAUGGCACAGACUGUACUGGAGUGCUUAGAUACAUAUUUUCUGCAUUGGGUUGUGCAGAAAGCUUUAGCUGUGUGUAUAUGUACAUCUGCGAGUGCGUGGUGUGUUUUGGGGACGCGCAUUUAUAACGCUGCUAUAACUUUUUCCCGGUUCCAUACGUAACUGCAUAAAUAGAAAUGUAUUUAAAUUAUGUGCAUGUGUGACUGCAUGUACAAAUCAGUUUGUACUUCUGUGUGAAGCCGUUCAGAUGCAUAUAUGUGUCUAAUAUUGGUGUAUUCAUGUACAUAAAGGGUGUGUACGUGUGUGCACUUAUAUAUGUUCCUGUGACUUCCUUUUUUUUUUUUUUAAGCGAACCAAUUGACUGUAACUUGUAGCAUUAAUACAAGAGACUACAGGUCAUUAGAGUGCUGCAAAUUAUGAAAUACGGGCUUGGUUUAUUGAAGAUUGUAAAUAUCCCCCUAGCUCUGCUCUCUCCCUUUCUGCCUUAUAUUGCUGGCUGCCAUUGUGGGGUAGGCCCCAGCUGCGUGUUUACUUCAACAUUCUUUUUAUUUAAGUGGACUGUUCUCACUAGAGUGUGAUUACUCAGCAAUAAACUUUAUGGCCGGAUUUAACUUCAGUCUUUGAAUUUCCAGGACUUGAAUGAAAGGGUGAAAGGAACUCUAUCUUUCUCUGGGUAACAUUAAGGCCUGAUCCUUAUCCUCAGAGCUGUUACUUUGGCGAGUGAUCUCGGGGGGUAUAAACAGACUAGUCAGGGACUAUGGUAGAAUUCUGAGAAUUGCCUAUUACCUAUCUCUCUCUCUCUCUCUCUCUCUCUCUCUCUCUUUCUCCAAACCAGCUAUGGGUAUCUCUUUCUCUGCACAGGUUUGGAGUAACAUUGGUUCAGCAGAUUGCAUUUUUUUCUUUUAUGUGUCAUAAAGUUGGGUUUGCAAAAGAAUGGAGUGGUUUGAUGUGAGAGAUGGGCUUUGUUUUAUUUCGCUAUUGCUAUGCCAUUUGAAUGUUGUGGUUUAGGCUGGUUUGGCUACUGUGAGCGAAAAUGGGAGAAAGGCGCAGGGUUUCAGGAGGGUAAGGUUGUUGUGUACCUCUGCAAGGUCUGCAUAUUGCUGACUGAUUCCUAUUUUUAAUUUAUUUGUCUUUAGCUUUAAAGAAAAGGUAGUAUCUAAUGUAGGUUCACCCCAAAGAGCUCAGUCUUAAAAACAUUUAAUAUUUAAAGACAACCCUUGCGGAAGAUAAAUAGAGUCUGAUGCCUUUGUGUCUGUCGAUCCUUCCUGUCAGCACUAAACAAACACAUCUGCAUAUAUUUCAUAUUAAAAAAAUGAGAAAGGCUUUAAAAAAGCAUAUCCAAAUGCGCAUUCGAAAAUAAUUUCCUCUUAAACAGCUGGAGAUUUUAUAGUACUCUAGUUGACACAUUUUCAUCAAUAGGAAUAUCAGAAAGUUGUGUAUGAUAGGCGUGUAUUAUACUAUAUGCCAUAAAAUUUUAUAGUUUGAGGCAAGGCAUGAAAAACCCUUAAAAGUUUGGUCUUCAUUUAUAUAUAGGUCCCUUUCCAAAGAAAACCCUUUGCUUGUAGACGGGAAUUAUACUAGACACAAACAGCUCGUGAUUACUCAGUAUUUAACAACAACACUGCGCUAUUUGAAUUAACUGGCUAAUACACAAGCACGCAAGGAUGCCCGUUGGACUAAUAUUUUAGGAUCCUGGAUAUCAUCCUGGGUUGUAAUUUUUCAUUGCCUAGAGUGAAAAGAUUUGCUACUGUGUAUUUUCCACAUUUUUGGAUGUGGCUUCUGGACCAUAUCCCACACAAAGCAAUGUACAGUCGUUCAAGAACUAUGAAAAAGAAAAAUAUCCCUAAGUCCAGAAGCAUAUGAACCCGCCUGUACUGCAAAAACCACUAGCAACAAAAGAAAGUUAGCUAGAAAUGACAACUUCACCCUGUUUCUGGUCCUGCCCCGUAUUAAGCAUCACAGUUGAAACUAUUCAAACACAGAAAUGCGUUAAGAUUUCCUAAUACGCUUUGAAAUUUGAAAUUCAAACGAGCCCAGACUGCCGAACUCUGCGAAAAUAGUCCCAGGUCCGAAUUGUUUUCCGAGGGAAAAUGUAAUGGGAAAUUAUACCUGGGAAUCAGGAGAGAGGUUUUAUCUGCACACGUUAUUUUUCUGAGUUUGGGGGAUUAAUAAGUGCAAGAUUUUUUCUAUUUUAGGAAUGUCAAGUUGCAUUCUGCGAUUUGAAAUACAGUUUACUUAGUCCUUUGAAAGGAAUACUUGCGUGUAGUGUCUCAUGUCUAAGUGUAAAACCAAUUAAAGAUUAGGCAGCUCUCUUAAUGUGUGGAACUGGUGACUUUGCAAGACUUAACUUUCUCUAAACCAGGAGUGUAACAAUCCAAUGGAAAGUCAUCCGUAAAUUACAGCUCUGCAGCCCUGGCUAAACCAUGCAAACGCCCUAAUUUCAGAAGAGGGAAAUUAUUAUUCUGCCAUUUCCUUAAAUGUAAUAAGUGUGUAUCUGUGGAAAGGUGACAAUAGAGGAGUUUGCAAUCUGCUCCAUGGGAAAUCGAAUGGAACUGAUCAUGAGGGGGGGAUCAGGAGGUUUCGAUUUCUAACGCUGAAUACGGGAGCAAUGCGUUUUCCCUCCCCGUAAAUACAGAUUUGACGCAUUUAAUGCAGACACAAGUAAAUCUCCUGACCAAGUUAAGAUGUCGUUGGCUUUCUUAGUCCUUUCUCUUUCUGCCCUCAAAAUCUUCCCGAUUUGAGGCUAGGGUUACUAGCUAGAGCGGAAAACCACAGUUCCCACAGUCUUCUGGUCAUCUUUGAAAAUAUUAUCCCUUUCAAAUUAAAGCAUCUUCACUAAUGUCUCUCUGUAAGGCAAAUACUCAUGGACCACCCUGGUCACAUGUUCCUGCAGCUAUGCGCACAAACAAUUUCAAAUCUGACACAGAGACCGUGUAAAAUUUGCAUGGAUUUUGCCUUAUAACAUGCAAAAGGAAUCUUUUCUAUAUCCCCUCCCCCCAAAAAAUGUCUUUUCAAUAAUAAUAUUUGCUAUGAAGGUUAUUGGGUAAUUAUUGCAAUUUUGUGGAACAGUCCUUGCUUGAGGUGAAGUCUGUCUCCGGAUAAUAAAUGGCAGCCCGUGCAGUUCACUGCCAGGUUAAGUAAAUGCAGAAAAGAUAAAUCUGCACACCCUAGGAAUCACCAGCAGAGCUCGCUUUAGACCAAGUUCACAGUCAACUCGUUUGCCUAGACAAGGCUUCGCAAACAAUUAGACUUGUUUCUUUAUGUUUAAAUCAAGGAGAAAUGACUAAAACCCUUCAGCAGAGAGCUGCAGCUUUUCCCGCAACGCUCGUCGCUCCAUUCCUUCCAACCUCACGCCCGGAACUUACCCGGCAUUUCACCUGCAAUUGUAACCAUAUAGCGCCUUUGAGUAACAGGCUUCCCUCCAACGCUGCCGAAAGGCUGUGCAAACUGAUCUAACAGCAUUUUACAAAGCUGAGAGAUUAAGGAAAAGAAAAAAAAACAAUGAAAAAUGCAAAAGUAUCCGAUUUCUCAGCAGCAAGAAGAAGGAAAAAAAAAAGGCAACAACAAAAAAGAGCGCCCUUAGAAAGCUGGGGGAAACAAGCAGAAGUAUUGAAACAAACAGUGCGAGUCUCUUACUCCUAAAAGAAGCUGCAUAGCUUUUGUAUAUCUUUGUGGUUAAGGGCGUUACAACUGCAGGUCAAAAAGUUGAGGGUCAAAAGUUUACGUUUUGCACCACUCUUAGUCAUUCGCCCAGACAGAGUUUGAUGUCAAUGUUAUAGCCGAGAUCUUGACUAUCAGCACAAAAGAUAAAAUAGCUUUGAGUUACGUGUGUAUCACAGUAUGGACUCCAGGUGAACCCUACUGGCUGAAUGACCUCAAUUACCAAGGAAAGGAUAGAAAAUUCCUCUUUUCAAGAGUAAUACACGUUGUAUUUCAUCUUGAAUUAUCAGACACAUUUGCGUCUGAAUAUCUCGGGUUCAGCCGCGGCAGGUAAACACGCGUGUUACCCCCACAGAAGCCACUGAUGUUGCCUCCUCCAAAAGUCAAGUAGCAAAAUGCCUCACCCUUGUUUAUUAUAUAAUAACCUGCUCUAAGAGGUUUAAUGUUAAGCCUUCUCACUUUGCAAAAUGGCAGGAAGAUAAGAUAGGAGCGAAGCUAUUAACGCGUGUAUCGAUCCUAGCCGCGUCUUUGUUUUUGCUCUCAUUUCUGUAGCGACCGCUAAACUGUGCUUAAACAGGACAUGCCGGAGAUAAUACGGGCUAUAUGUUUGGUCCGAAGGAGCUCGUUUAAAAUGCGGAGCGGUGAAGCCGUGUUGCGAUACCCAUGGAAAAUAUUACGGAGAAGCUGGAGCCCGGCACCUCUCCGUGAUUUGGAGGGUUCUCACAGGCUUCUGGAAUUACCCGAGGCGGCAGUUCCCAGCGAAAUUUGGAGUAGAACGGGUUGUUUUUCCUCUUGCCACCCACCCCUCUUCACCCUUCCAAGAAAAAGUUUAGUGGAAUUUCUUAGCGCGGAGAGAUUCCCACAUUGCUGGGAUUUUUUUGUUCCCAGUGCCGCCUCUGAGUGAAAGCCUUAGCUUCUUGGUUAGACGUGUCUGCAGGGACAACUAGCCAAUAUUGCUCAAACAACUUCAUUUUGGAGGACAUCAUCGCAGACGGGAUUCAGCUUGAAAUUUUAAGGCUGAGGGGUCGGUGGAAGAGGGAAAGGAUAUUCGAAUAUAGCCAUAAUCAGACCUGAAAGGUGUGGAGGAGGGGACAGUGCGACAAGGAAAUCCGAGAAAGAGCGCACCUCACCCCCAACCAUGCAUUGCUGCCUUUCCACCCCCAAGGCAGCAGCCUACACCGGCCUCUGUGUAACUGGUACGCGUGAAUUAUUUGCCAGAGACACAGCUGGAUCGUGGCAGGCGAGCGCUGUAUCUUGGGAACAAGUACGCGAGAGGUUAGAUAUCAGAUUAGCCAAAGUGAUUAUCGGAGAUUGUGCCUAAAGUACCUGCUGAAGCCUGGAAAGUGUGUAAUGCAAGUGUUUGCUCGGCGUGUAGACGCUGUUCACAAGUUGUUGCUGCUGCUCACUUGUAGCGAGCCCUGGCACUGCACGUUUAGGGAGCCUGCCCGCUCUGGAGAUAGUAUAUAACCUUUCACAUCCAGACUAUUUAUUUGGUGUAAGAGUGAAGCCUGAUAACAAGCUAAAAACCGUAGCCAAAUAUCUAUUUUGUUAGAGAAUAGCAGGCGGAUUGUUUCCAAGAAUAACAAUGCGUCUUUGAUAUACCCAGAAUGAAAGCUGUUACUAUAACCGGCUUACUCAAGAGUAGGUGACAGAAAUCCAUUUACUUCCUCACUAAAACAAUUAGUGGUCCGAAUUCCAUAGUUUAAACCUGGUUUAGAAUAAAAUUAUCAUUGAGAAUAAUUUCAAAUAAGUUGAAACCGCGACUUACAUAAAUAUUGACUCUUUUCAAUUAUUGUUUAAAUUGUCUCCCCCUCCCAAAAAAAAAAAAAAAAAAAAAAAAAAGCCAACAGGCUAGAACAGGACAGUUAAUAAUUUGAGACGAACUCUCUCUGUCCUUUCACUCUCUGCAUUCAGCACGCUGCUCUCUGGCGUGGAAGGUCUGCUCAAAAGACCAUUCAUUUAAAAUCCGGGCACAAAUCACAUUUUACGUGUGUUUAUUUAAGCGCACCAGGACAGAGUGAGCAAACCCCGCCAACCAUCCCGUUGUUAAGAGGAGCCCCAGUGCCAGGGAAGCCACCGCUUUUAUCAAAUGCUGAACUUGGGGCAAAAAUGCCAACAUUGCCCCGGCAGCGCCCAUCGGGAAGGACGCUCUCAUCCGCGGAGGCAGGAGCAGCCUCGGGGCUGUAUCAUUCCCAGGAACAAAGAAAGGAAUACAGUCGAUACAUUCCAUAACGUUUACAUUUUCCCUCGAUUUUUUUCUUAUUUUUCCCUUAGAAGAAGUGACCUGGGCAAAGCACCCUGCUAUCUAAAAGACACUGUUAUAGACCUUUUAGAAAAACUAAGUCCAAGGCCGAGGUGAACUUCAGGUCACCGCGUCUAACAAAUAUGAAAAUGUCGCCUGGUGAAGGGCACGCCUUGUUAUUUAACAAAGACUGUCAAUGUGUAAGAUUAAUAAGAAACAAAAUGCACACGGUGUCACUUUUCGGUCACUUUGAAACUUGGGACAGCCUCGCAUUCAAGAGGGGAAAGCUGGGACUAAAUAUAUUCAAAAUGGUUCAAAUCAAAGUCAAACCAGGCUGCUAGUGCGAUUCUUCCUCCUCCUACCGCUCUCGGUGGAGGAUGCCCGGCACGGCAAGAGGUUGACUUGAAUUAUUAUUAUUAUUAUUAUUAUUAUUAUUAUUAUUAUUAUUAUUAUUAUUAUUAUUAUUAUUAUUAUUAUUAUUAUUAUUAUUCUACUACUAUCAUUAUUAUUAUUAUUGCUGUUGUUAUUAUUCUUUUCUCUUUCGUGGUAAUUACGUUUUAGCUGCGUAUGUGGAGGGUAACAGGAAUGCUUGCCUGUUUCACAAGAAAAAGAGGGAUCCCCUUUUCCCCCUCUUUCGGUAUGUAUUGAGUUGCUUCUUCUUGGUGCAUGAAAAUUUACUUUCUCCCUCUCAACUUAAUUCCAGUGCUUCCCCAUCCCAUUCUCGGCCAGCCUCGGCCAGGAAACUCGCUUCUUUAUUAAUUGAUUGAAGUCUCCUUCUCCAGUGAAAUCGAGCCUUUAGUCCUUCUGGAAAAAAUAAGGGAACUGGCCUAUUUUAUCCUAUCCUUUUCUUUCUUUGAGAACUUAGGGUGAUGGUACAAGUUUGUUAAAGGGAAGUACUGGGGGAAAAAAGGGUUUGAGAUUGUUUAUUACAGCCAUAAAUCUUGCAGUAAAACGUCGAAAUGGCCGUGUGCAAGAUAACACUUGGUGGUCUUGGCUGGGUUCUUGUUUAUGAUAACAAAACCAGAAAGACACGGAACAGGCCUUUUGGAGGUCCUGCCUCAGCACAUCUUCACAGACUAAGAGAACCACACGAAAAAGCCAGACUUGAGCUGGGCAGCUCAGGUCACCUUGCAGAUUUACACUCGUAUACAAAACUGAGUCCUUCUCUCUCCAACCAAGCGCCAGAGCCCUGCUGUAGCAAAGGGCACGGUGAAACUUUGAGAUCUAAUCACAGUAAAUAAUAUGAAGCAGAGCCCGCUCAACUCUCCCAAUAUAGCGCUGAUCUUACAAAGCGAGACAGCACUUCUCGUUGUGUUUUACUGUGGCGUGGGAACACGGCCGCCCGCCGUAGUGCUCCGGCCACAGAGCCUCAGGACUUAUGCCGAGGAUAAUAUUUACGAUACCCCAGUGUAAUUCAUCUGGUGCUAGCCGGCAGGUAUUUGUAUGUAUGCGUCUCUGUGUGUGCAUGUAUCUCUUUAUACCGGGAAAAUGCUUUCGUGGUGGACUUCGGUGAUCUUUUAUUUUUAACAGUCAUGCAGAUAGGAGCUUUUUUUUUUCUUUUAGGAAAUGGGUUUGCUGUUGUUUUGUUGUUUGGAAUAUAAAUAAAACAAUCUCCCCUUUUCUAUCAAAUGUGUGCUGUUGAGCAGUUGCGGCUGUCUCUGUGUGUAACCGCGUGUGUGUAACCGCAUUUCCUCUCCACGCAGAGUAAAUAGAGAAACUUAUCUAUUACGCUAGUUAGAGUUCCAUAGAUGUGCUGUUGGAAAUGAGUAAGUAAAUGUGUUUUAACUCUCUUUACAAAUUAGACAUUCGAUAGUAGGAGGAAAUGAGUGAUUGUUUAGAUAAGUACCCCAGUAUACCCAAGUGCUGGAAAUGUUCUAACAUAUUACAAGCCGCAUGCAAUGUGCGUGCCUAUGUGUCUGUGGAUAAAAUAUAAAUCGAUACGCUGUGUGUCUUGUUAGAUAGAAUAUAUAUUCAAAUAGAAUUUUAUUGCAUGUAUCCAUUAUCUAUUAAACUGCAAAAGACAAUAAUCUGAAUUUAAACCAGGGUAACUGUUAGUGUAAUAUCUUUAGGAAGGCAAGACCUAAACUGUAUCAUAUUUUCGCUUGAUAUAUUAGAAGUAUUUUCCCAUACCAGUAGAUGAGAUUUAGCCACUCAGCAAUUAUAUUCUCUAAGGGUGUGGUAAAUAUUUCUAUCCGUUUAUAUUCUUUCCUGUACAGAUUAAAAAAUAAUCUGAAAAAGUUCGCGCCUACUCCAAAUGUGGCACACUAGCUGACGUUCAAUAAGUAUUUUUUUUCCCCUUAGAAUAAGAGCGUAAUUAGUUUAACCAUCAAAUUUCAAUUACCUAAGGUCAGGGCGGUUGCCUCGUUUCCCCCUGAGCUGCAAAUACCGUUAACAGUCUCAGUUUUAGCAGCGUAGAAGUGCCCGAGUGCCCUCUCCCUCCUACACCAGGGUUUGCGAGCUACUGCUGCGAAGGCGCUAGUGAUUUCUUAUGCAGGUGAAAAAUAAAAAAUAAACCCCAAACGAGACACACCAAACCAACAGGCUUAAAUUCGUAGUUCAGAAAGCUCUGCUCCGUGGGGAGGGAUGCUCGCAGUGAGCCCUGUAAUCGCCGGUAGGAAGUGUUUGAUAUCGUCGUGUCCAUCUUCCCCUCUCCCUUCCCCCUCUGUUCCCCGUUAUUUUCAGGCUCUCUCUGUGCCUCACACCCCGCUAGCCCCUCAAGGACUCUCCUCGGCCUCCCCGCGACCUUCGUUCUAACUUUUCCUUCAAUUAGCCCAGCUUCAAAGGGGCAAAAGGCUGUCCCUGGAGCCCGCGGCCGCCCGCGGUCCGCAGCGGCGGGACGCUGGGGACAGAGCCUGAGGGCGGCCGGUGGCCUGUGCCCGACAGCCGCUGCCGCCCUCUGCCUGCGCGCAGCCCCGGCGCUUGGAGAUGGGCUUGCUCGAAAGGGUUGUGCAACGCCUUGUGCAAUGCCUGCCUCCCUCUGGAUCACGCAGCUGGGCUGCGCUCCGCUUCCUCGCCCUGCUUCCUACACUCUCCCACGGGAGAACGAAGACACAAAAAGUGCUGGGGCGGGCGGGGUGGGUGGGAGGCUGUCAAAGCCGGAUUAGUUUUAUCUCGCUUGACACCGCGACUGCUGGACUCGGCCCGGGCCGGCGGGCGGGAGGAGCCGGGGAUGCUGCUGAGCAGCGGACGCGGGGCUCCCUCUCCAGCCGGCCGCCGCCCGUGGGGGAGGCGCGGUCCCCGCGAAGGGUCCGCGGGCGCGGAGCUGCCCUGCGGCCGCUCGUCCCUCUUCCAUUUCCUGAUCCGGGGUCCGCGGCCCCGCGCGGUAAUUGGCGCUGGCGGUCAGGUGGUGGCGGGGCGGCGGGGGGUGCGGGUGUGUGUGUGCGCGGGUGUGUGUUUGUGUGUGUUGUAGGCGCUCCAGGGGUGGGAAGAGAGGAAGGGAGGGGAGUGCAGCGGGGAAGGGGGGGGGGAAGGGGAGGGGCCUCGCCGAGCCCAGAAAAACGACAACGCGAGAAAAAUUAGUAUUUUUGCACUUCACAAAUUAAUGACCAUGAGUUCGUUUUUGAUAAACUCCAACUACAUCGAGCCCAAAUUCCCUCCCUGCGAGGAAUACACGCAGCACAGCGGCAGCGCCGGCAGCUCCGCCAGCUACCACCCGCACCACUCGCACCCGCACGCCCCGCCGCCGCCGCCGCCGCCGCCGCACCUGCACGCCGCGCACCCGGGCCCGGCGCUGCCCGAGUACUUCCCGCGGCCGCGCCGGGAACCGGGCUACCAGGCUCCCGCCGCGCCGCCGGGGCCGCCGGGGCCGCCUCCCGAGGCGCUCUACCCCGCGCAGGCACCCUCCUACCCCCAGGCGCCCUACAGCUACAGCAGCGCCGGCAGCGCCGCCCCGGGCCCCGAGCAGCCGCCCGCCAAGGGCCACCCCGGCCCGCCCCAGCCCCUGCUCCCAGGCCAUGCCCUGCAGCGCCGCUGCGAAGCAGCCCCCGCCGCCGGGGCCGGCACCGGGCCCGCCUGUGCGCUGCUGCCCGACAAGAGCCUGCCCGGGCUGAAGGGGAAGGAGCCGGUGGUCUACCCCUGGAUGAAGAAGAUCCAUGUGAGCACGGUCAAUCCCAAUUACAACGGAGGGGAGCCCAAGAGGUCUCGCACAGCCUACACCAGACAGCAGGUCCUGGAGCUGGAGAAGGAGUUUCACUUCAACCGCUACCUGACCAGAAGGCGACGCAUCGAGAUCGCGCACACCCUCUGCCUCUCCGAGCGCCAGGUCAAAAUCUGGUUCCAGAACAGGCGCAUGAAGUGGAAGAAAGACCAUAAACUGCCUAACACAAAGAUGCGCUCCUCAAACCAGUCCACACUGAGCCAGCAGUCCAAAGCACAGACACAGGGCCACCCCCAUCCGCUCGAUGGGGCUACACCCAACGCAGCUGCGCUAUAAAUACGGUUUUUGGUUUUAGUCUUUUUGGUCUUUUUUUGUUUGGUUGGCUUUUUUUUUUGUCGUUGUUGUUGUUGGUUUUUUUAAUAUAUAUAUAUAUAUAUACCUAUCUAUUGGGGUUUUCAAGCUGCCUCGAGGUGGAGGCUGGCCUUUUGGACCAAACUGUGUUAAACAAAACAGGAGCAGAAAAGGAAGACGAGACGUGUCCAAGAACGGGCACAUGUUUAAACCAAAACCCGGACGAUUGUCUACAUUGUAUAUAGAUAAUGGUUCCAUGCCCAUCAUUUUUUUCUAUUUAUGGAAACACUCUCUUGCCCUCGGUGUAAGAGAGGGAUGGAUGCUGUCAUGGACGAAUUCUCUGUACCUAAGACGGACUCUUUUUUUUUUUUUUUUUUUUUCUUUAGGGAACACGUUAAAAAAUAAAAAAAAAACGUUUAAAA